UGUCGUGAAAGCUGCUCGCGUAAACAGAAGAAAUAAUAAUAAUAAUAUUUCACGUACCCCGACUAAACCUCCCACAGUAACGUUUAUGCCAUAGCAAAUUUACUAAAACUGUCGCAGAAGCAAGAAGAGGCUUGCCCCGUUUGAUCACUUGUUUUAUUCAAGUAGUUGGCUGACUGUUCUAUUUCAUGCUGGAAGAGGCAAGAGUAAAGGUACGACGAUGCAAGCGUUCACGUGCGUAGCCGCAAGCUUGGUUCUAUCCACAGUUUCGUCGGCCAACCGCCAUUGCGGAUCUGGCGCAACGGCAGCGAGUUUUGAUUACGAGCCUGACGCUUGGAAGGUGAUUCAGCAAUCUGAGCCGAAAUUUCACCUCAUGUUCCUGUCGCGCAAUACACUCAGAGAUACAAAGUAUAAAUGCCUCGCCACGUCAAGGACAGAUCAAAUAUCAGACAAGAAAUGGCAACGGAAGCUGUUUUACAGCACGUUUUCAAAUGAUACGGAAUUAACUUUGUCGACAACACUUGGAAUAAAAAAGCGAAGAAAGUGCUCCAUCUACGAUGAUGCAAUCACGGUCUGGAAUGACAAUGGCUUAAAGGCAGCGGCAUGGACGAGCGAGGUUAUAUACGCCGAUCACAGAUAUUGUAUAUUAUUGAAAUCGAAGUAUUUAGGAUAUGAAGUAUGGGCUGCAACGAUUUAUCUGGAGGAACAUAAGGAAAUUCCGUAUAUUUGCGUGAUGUUGUACGAAAUCUACUCCGGAAUUAAAAAAUACUGGGUAUACGACUGGGAGGACUGCCCUAGUCGAAGAAAGAAGACAGAAUAAACAUGCCUGCAUUUU